AAUGUUCACUUCGGAUGAGUGGGUAAGGAAUAAGUUGUCAAGGGAGGCAAAGGGGAGGGAGGCAACAAAGAUUGUUAUUAGGCCCUCCUUUUGGAAUCAUGUCAAGUACACCCUUAAGAUCAUGGGGCCUCUUGUUCGGGUGCUUCGACUUGUUGAUGCGGAGAAGAAGCCGCCAAUGGGUUAUAUAUAUGAAGCAAUGGAAAAGGCAAAGGAAUGCAUCAUGAAAACAUUUUCUAAUGAUGUAAGCAAAUAUUCUAAAGUUUUUAAAAUCGUUGACAACAGAUGGAAUUGCCAACUUCAUCGUCCGUUGCAUGCAGCUGGUCAUUUUCUGAAUCCGGAUUUGUUUUAUGAUAAUCAUCGCAUUGAAUUGGAUUUAGAAGUUACAAAGGGAUGGUUUGAGUGCAUCACUAGAUUGGUGCCAAGUAUAGCUGUGCAAGAGAAGAUAUUGGAGGAGCAAACAUUAUAUAAGGCAGGCUAUGGACUUUUUGGAUCAUCCUUUGCAAAAUCUCAGAGGAAAAAGAUUUCACCCGCAUUUUGGUGGCGGACAUAUGGGCAUGAAGCUCCAAACAUGCGAGACCUUACUAUCAAGAUCUUGAGCUUGACUUGUAGUGCUUCUGGAUGUGAACGCAAUUGGAGUAUAUUUGAGCAUAUUCAUACUAAGAAAAGAAAUAGGCUUGAUCAUGAAAGGAUGGAGAGCUUGGUCUUCAUAAAGUAUAACCAACAACUCAUCGAGAGGUACAACCUUAAAGAUGAAGUUGACCCUAUUGCACUCAAUGACAUUGAUGAGUGUAAUGAGUGGUUAGUGGGAGAAAUUGGGACUGCCACCUUUCGAGAUGAUGAUAAUAUGGAUGAUGAUGCUGAUUUGAUUCAUCAAGAUGACAACACUUUGAGUUGGAACCUUGUUUUUGAAGCAAUGGGAGGACAUGAGCCUAUGACAUAUACUAGAAGACAACAAAAUAGAAAAAGAAAAGAACCUGCAACUGCAAGAGGUGGUGCAAAGGGUGGACCAAGUGGGUCUAAGGCUUCAAAAAAAGGAAAAGGAAAAGCAGUAAUUGUGGAAGAGGAAGAAGAACCACAAUUUGAAGAUGAAGAGGAUUCUGAAAAUGAAGAAGAACAAGAAGAGGAGAUUCAAUUCAAUGAUACUGAUUCAGAGGAUGAUGAGGGGAGGCAGAAGGUGGACGACGAGAAGCAGUUCAGGCAGCAACAACCACGGAAGAGAGGAGAGGGAGGGACGGAGGCGCAGCGCGGCAAGGCGAGCACUCACCAGGAAGCACAGCUGCAGGAAGAGAGGCAAGACGCGAGCAGUGGAGCACACCAGGCGUUCGGUGCUGUGAUGGCGGACGACGACGACACGCUGCACAGCUGCAGGAAGUGCAGCUCGAGCACUCACCGGCGGAGGGCGGCGAGACGCGAGAGGCCGAGCACACAGCACAGAAGGAGGAGAGGGGCGAGACGCGACUCGCGAGCACACGAUUCGGAGAAUCCGGCGAGAGGCGUGGCGACGGCGGCGAGCGUGCGAUGGCGGUGA